AUGCAGAACACAAAACUAUCUGAAUCAAUCGCUUAACUUGAUUGCAUUAAAAAGAAAAUUCACAAAAUUAAGUCUUAAAAUGAAAAAUGGCAAAAUAACAUUAAAUUAUGUCCAUAUCCCCCUGGAAUGCAAAUAAUGGCUCAAAACCUAUAUCCCAUCAAGGUGAGCAUCCCCAUAGCUUCACUGAACCUUAAGGAGACCAUUUUAGAAGAAUAAAUUUUGUGGGACUUUGAAGAUGAUUAUUCAGAUGAUUAAUUAUUUAGAAAUCUCUUCGCCAUCAUAAUAGAUUUAUUAGAAGAAAAGUACCCGAAAAAAGUAACAAAGCUAACUGCAAUUGAAGCACACAGUAAUUUAGUUAGUUAAUCAUAAAUUAGAGAUUAUUGAAGAUUGCUAAUUUUAAGUAAAAUAAGCCAUAGAUGAUCAUAAAAAAUAUAAACACAUUUAAGACAUUUUGGCAUUUGAGUCAUUCAUCGAUAAAAAUGAUUCCAUGAUUAAUUUACAAAUAAAUACGUCAAAAGUAAAAGAGAUCAUAUAAUGGGAUUUAGAGAAUGCAUUUAAUUAGUAUUGACAAUCAAAUAAUUUAUUAGCAUUGAUGAAUUCGUUCAAGGCUAUUGUUACGAAAAUAAAUUGGACAAAGAAAACUUUGUGUUAAUAGGAAAUUAAAUUAGAGAAUAAAUAUAAAAGGCAUAUGAAAAGAGAUUUCGAAUUGCAUAAAAAUUACUUUUAGAUGAUUAAACAGGUAAUAAACUAUAAAAUUAUCAUAAGAAUUCAAAUAGAAGUUGAUCUCAUAUUUGGACUAUCCAUCUUUUGAACCUUAUUAACCAAUUAGGGAUCUUCCAUAAAAUAAUGAUAUAAAUAUGUUUUUCAAAAAGAAUAUUGAAUUUUUGCCACCUGAACUAUAAAUACUCUACGGAUAAAAACCACAUAUAAAAUAAAUGUAAAAUUUCAUCUAAAAUAGACUGGAAUUAGGAGUAGAUUAAGAUGAUACAAAAAAGUUCGAAAAAGAACUUAAUUAAAAAUCUAAAUAUCUUGAUCAAACUAUUUUAUCCGAUAUCAUUAACAAGACUAAAUAAAAUUGA